GUUGGUGAUGUGUGGUGAUAUAAGAGCCGGCGGUGACACGGCCAUGGCACAGUGCUCGGAGCACGCGACGGGACAGGACGGGACAGAGCGGUGCCGUGAGGAGCCCCCGCACAGCGCACUCCUUCCUGUCUGACCCGGAGCUUUUCUGAGUUACUCCUACAGCUGACUUCGCAGCCAGACUGCAGGACUGUUUGCCACACAGCUUUCCCAAGGCAUCUCUGUUCAAGGUGCACUCAAGGCCAGACUCUGCCAUGGCGGGCAGAUGUCUCAACCUCUCUAAAGUGUUCAGCAGAAAAAGAAGGAGAGGAUCGAGAGUGGACCCAGCUCAAGAGCCUGAAGAGCCGGAGCAGUUCCAGCCAGUGCAGGAUGGUGCAGCCAUGGACCGCACACAAGAGCAGGACCCCACCCGUGGCCGCUUCCGCAGAGCACUGAAGAUGUUCUGGAAGUUGGUGCCCCUUCGACGUAGAAAGGCCAGGAGCGGAACAGAGGGCACAGCUGAGCCUGACUCCAGGCUGACCGAGCUCCAGGCAGAGCCUGAUGUCAGCCCAGAUUUGCCUGAGUCUUUGAGGCCAGCACAGCGCAGCAGGAAUGGAAGCAGUUCUCGAGGGAAGCUUGGACAGCCCUCCAAGUAUUCGCCAUGCCUCCCCCAGGUGCCAGCCAUGGUGAAAAGCAUUCACCAGAGAGUGACAUCCCAGGGCACUUUAGAUGCCAGGCUGCGCACUGACAUUCUGAGGCUGGCUGGAGAACACCCUGCUGACGUGGUGCUGACCCUCCUGCGCUGUGCCCCAGCGUGUGACAGAGCUGCUGCAAUGAUUUGGAGAGCCAUAGGCACAUCGGGACCAACAGUGGAGAAGGUGCUGCCAACUCUGCUCUGUGUGAUGGAGGACUGGCCUCUGCACAGCAUGUUCACCUCGGAUGGGGAUGACACCGAUGUUUUUGUACUGGCUGCAACUCUGGUGCUCUGGGUGAUGGUCCAGCUGCCAAAGGGCCAGAAGGCCAUGAGGAUGCAUGCUUCCGAACCUUUAUUUACGGCUCUGCUCAUGCAAGAUUUCAUCACCUCACAGCCGAUGCCAAAGGAAGUUGAUAAAUUCUGGAGAGGGUGCCAGGAGCAACACCGCCUUCCCAGCAAGCCCAACAGGUUAGCAGUGCAGACCAUGAAGGCUCUGCUGACAACCAGCACUAAGCCGUGGGACGGCUGGCCAGCUGGCAGAGGACAGGAGCCGAGCGGCCGAGCACCUGCGCCAGGCCCUGCGGUACCUGCGGAGCCCACAGGAGCCCCUGCGAGAGGCGGCCGUCAGGUUUAUCGGGAUGGCCGGGCGGAGCUUGAGGGAGGAGAAGGAAGAGCUGCAGGUGCUCAGAGAGGCCCUGAGGAAGACAACAGCCUUUCCCAUAUAAGCACAGUAGCUCAACUUGUAUUCAACCAAAUUGCUGCAGAACUACGUUCACCUGAUGGCCCAGACAAAGCUGUGUCCCUUCAAGACCUCCUGGUGCCACGGAAGAGGAAACCACCUGGAGACCAGAGACCAGCUGGAGCUCCAGGCAGAGCUGAUGAUUGUCACAGCUCUUGUGGCUUCAGCCCCCUCCCUGCCUGCUCUCUCCCUCCAGUAUUCAGACCCUGCCCAUCCCCUUUUUUCCUCCCCAGCUCAUCCCUUUGCUUUGCUUCACAUCAAUAAACAGUUUGGCUUCUUCA